AUGGCGGAUCGCUUGCACUCCCGCGAAGGGUCCGACGCUUCCAUCAACCAUCCAUCGAUUGCUUCCCCACGCUCCAGCACCGAAUCCCGCUCCCCCUCUACACGAAACCAACUUCGCGUUUCACACAUACCGCCAGCAAACCAUCAGCACAGACAAAGCUUGAGCGAGUCACUGCGUAACCCACCCGGUUCUCCCCGAGCACGCCGGCAGCCCUCCCUCCCACAGUCUGCCAUCCAGAGCCUUAUCGAUAAUCCCCCGCCACCGAAGAAUAGCGACCCUGCCUUUGUUGGUCGUGAUUGGAGACAUAUCUCAAUUGGCGAGCUGGUCAGCCCGGCUGACCUGAAGUUUGUGAAUAUUGAUACGGGCAUUGAAGAGGCGACGAACAUCUUGAUCGAUUCAGGUGCAGCUGUGCUGUUGAUCCGCGAGACCCCUGAAUCUACUUCUGCCGUCGGCACAUUUGACUAUGCCGACCUCAACUCUUAUCUCCUGCUAGCGGCGGGCCUGACACACCCCGACGAGGCGCACCAAGCAUCGUAUGACGAGCUGGCCAAGAAAGCCCACAAUGGCGUGCCAAUUCCGCUAAGAGAUGUGAAGAAGUUCGGUAUGGAGAAGGAGCCACUGAUUAAGCUGCCAACGUCGGCCAAUGUCUUGGCCGCAGUUGAGAUCUUUGGUGGUGGCGUUCACCGAAUUGUGGUGGUCAAUGAGUCAAACGACCAAGAAGUGGUCGGAAUCUUCAGUCAGUUCCGACUGGUUAAAUUCCUCUGGGAGAACGGCCGCAGCUUCCCUAUCAUUGAAGAGCUCUACCCGAAGGCUUUGCGUGAGCUGGCAAUUGGAUCUCAUGAAGUGAUCUCCAUCAAUGGUGAUAAACCCCUCUCUGAUGCUCUCCAUAUGAUGAACAACGAGGGCAUGUCCUCGAUCGUGGUUGUUGAUAACUAUUUGAAUGUGCUUGGAAAUAUCUCCACAGCGGAUGUCAAGCUUCUAACCCGAUCAUCUUCAUUGCCACUGCUUCAAAACACCUGCACUCACUUUAUCUCAGUCAUUCUGUCCACACGGGGGUUGAUCGAGGGUAAAGACUCAUUCCCGGUCUUCCACGUCAAUUUUGGAUCGACGCUGGCUCACACAGUCGCAAAGCUGGUGGCAACUCGAUCACAUCGGCUCUGGGUGACCGAUCCACUAUCUCCGACCUCAUCAGGACCGCCAACUCCAUCCCAAUCUUCAGGACACAUCCCUCUUUCAAACAGCGCCAGUCCAGCUACCGGAUCAUAUGCUGCACCUUCACCACCACCAUCUCCUUCUGUGCCUGUGGCACCUUCUGCGCAGCCUUCUCACUACACCGCCCCUCACCUACCAGCCCCUAACCUACCCUACACACACCCAACCCCAGGCGUGACAGUUCCAGUGCCCUCGCCCAUAUCGCAUUCUAUUCCCUCCGCGAGCUUAGAAGGAGCCCGUCUGUCUGGGCGCCUAGUUGGAGUAGUCAGCCUGACUGACAUCUUGAACUUGCAUGCCCGAGCCAGCGGGCUGAACCCAGCUGACCCCGCGGAGUCUCGUAGCCGCCGCCGACGCAGUAGCUCAUCAAGCCAAAGUGUCCGCCGUAGCGGUGACAUUGGCCGGGAGCUUUUUAGCCGUGGUGCCAUGUAA